AUGCCCAAUCAUGUGGCAUCUCACACACGCUAUGCCCAAAAGUGGCGUUCUAUGAAGCGCCAUGCUGUUCGCUGGAAGGUCCGUGCUCAGGGUGGGAUUCGGCAUCGGGUGGCCCUAGUCUGUUCCGCUGACACAUCGUUUCUUUCUUCCGAGUAUGUCGUAUCCGUCCAACUUUCGCCGCAGCUUCCGGUUCAUAGUGUAGGACAUAGUCUCCACCUCCUCGCUCUACGUCUGCCUCCGUCCAUGGAGCAGACGCUUGUGGUCGAGAGGAAAUCACCCGCACAGAGAGAAAAGCGUCUCACCACUUUCAACGGCCUCAUGUUUUAA